UUGGCUGGCGAUAGCUGACUUGUCACAACAUACGUGUUUUACAAAAGUCGUAAAAUUAUUUGUAAUCUUACAAAAUUCCUUAAAUUUCGCAAGUAAGCCAUCCUGAUAGAGUACUAGAAUGCCAUCGAGUGACAGCGAAGAUUUUGAGAGUGCUGACGAAGGCCAGACACAUAUGGAAAGAAAGGAAAGAAAAAAACGUUUAUCUUCAUCAAAUUAUAGCGACAACGCAUUAGAAUCGGACUUGGGGCCUAAGGAAACGUCGAGCAAAGGUGGCAUCGUCGAGAAACCUAAGGAAGAAACAAAAGACGGCUGGGAUGAUUUUGACAUAGAUAACAAUGAACUAGACGAUAAUGUUAGCAAAACAGCUGUUUCUAAAAAAGAAAAUGAACCUAAAGCUAAAGAAAGCACAAAAUCACAGGACACAGGCUGGGACGACUUUGGUGAUUGGGGGCAGGAUGAUUUUACCAGCAAUGAACACAAAAAGACCGAACCAACAAAACCAGUUCAGCAGGAACCCGAUGCCAAGAUCAAGGAAGUCACCGAGAGGCUCGCAUCGGCUAGCACUAAGAGCAACAGCUGGGGCUGGGGCUGGGGUGUAGACUCGCUGCUCAGUACCGCCACUGCUGGUAUCACAACGCUGACUAAUCAAGUUUCACAGGGAAUAACAACAGUCCUAGAAACAGGCAUCGGUGCACCAGACCCUGAAGAACUGGCUAGAAAGAACAUGAGAGAGGCUGAGGCGGCCAAUAAAACUGAUCAAACCACACCAGGUGAAGUCCAAGAGAAGGCUGAAACGCCUGCAUCGAGCGAAGCUGCAUUCCCAUUUGGCAGUCUCUUCUCUGGUGUUACCAAGUUUGUUGAAACCACAGGUACAAAAGUAAUAGCCGGAGGUCUUGACACUUUAGAAACGAUCGGCAAGAAGACAAUGGAAGUGUUACAAGAUGGGGACCCAGGGUUAGCCAAGAAGAGAGCCAUGCUUGGUCUGGACUCUGGUGAUAAGCCCGUGCUCUCCCAGAUCCUGAGAGAGGCCAAGGCUAAAGCGGAGGAGGAGGAUAAAGUGAGGGAGGAGAAGAGAGAGGCGAAGGAAGUCCAUUAUGAGCGGCUGUUUGAUGACUUUGAAGGUCUCGUACACCUGGAAGCCCUGGAGAUGCUGUCGCGCCAGGUGUCGCUGCGGAUAGAUGAGCGCAUGCGCGGACUGGACCCCGCCAAGCGACAGGACAUCAAGGAGACCAUGCAGCAAGUCGCAGAACUAUGCGAGAUGCCAGAAGAGGAUGAUGAUGACGAGGAGCCAGUAUCAGAAGACAUGUCCAAGCCAGACGCCUUCCACGAACGCCUGCAAACCGCCACGCAGGACUUGGGACUGAAGCUGCAGUUCCAACCACUAGUUAAGUGA